AUGCACUUUGAGGAGGAAAGUUUCCCAGUCACCGCCGCGGCCGCCCCCUCGUCCUCAGUCAUUCCAAAGCGUGAGCUCUCCGUGGAUGUGACCCAUGAAGGCUGCUCUAACGCAGUCGCUCGAGUCCUCAACAAGCUAGGAGGAGUUCAAUUUGACAUUGACCUGCCCAACAAAAAGGUCUGCACCAGCUCUGAGCACAGCGUGGACACUUUGCUGGAGACCCUGGGGAAAACAGGAAAGGCUGUCUCCUACCUUGGCCCCAAGUAGAGAGGCCCCAUCCGGCAGCCUGCUGGAUGGACCCACAUGGGCAGGACGCUGAUCCUCGCUGGCCUUCCAGACAGAUCUAGGACCUGGCAAUCCCUCUCAGCGAUGGUAGUUCCUGCGGAGACCCUCAUUUACCCUGCUCCUCUGUAGCUCUCCUGCAAUAAAGUCAAGCCGAUUUUGCUGGUGAAAAAAA